AUGGCUGUGCUGCCGGUUAGAUUCACCAAAACCAAGAGAGACAAACUGGCCCAGGUUUUGUGGGUGCUGAACUGGAUAUCCAUUGUAACAGGAAUCAUCCUCUUUAGCUUGGGCAUCUUUUUGAAAGUGGAAAUCAACAAGCGGCAGGAUCUAAUGGUCGAGCGUCAGCUCCAAUCCGUGCCAAACAUGCUAAUAGCCGUGGGACUUAUAGCCUGCGCGAUUAACUUUUUGGGAGGAAAGAUCUGCUAUGACUGUGUGGACACCAACAAGUUCUUACGUUGGAAGUUGGUGAUGCUCCCGUACAUCAUUUGUACGUUUUUCUUCACUCUGAGCGUGCUCGUGGGUGCCUUGAUGUGCUACAGCAUGCUCGGACAGCUGGAGGAAUCGCUAACGUUGGGGCUACGUGAUGCUAUGCGUUACUACAAGGACACGGACACACCAGGCCGCUGCUUCUUGAAGCGCACAGUGGACCUGCUGCAGAUCCAGUUUCAGUGCUGUGGGAACGAGGGCUACAGAGACUGGUUCCACAUCCAAUGGGUCAGCAACCGAUACUUGGACAUGUCUCAACGGGAAGUGGUAGACCGUCUACGGAGCAAUGUGGAGGGAAAAUACUUAAUGGAUGGAGUUCCCUUCAGCUGUUGCAAUGUCAAUUCUCCUCGGCCGUGCAUUCAGUACCAAAUCACCAAUAACUCCGCACACUUUAAUUACGAGUACCAGACAGAGGAGCUCAACCUGUGGAUGAGAGGAUGUCGUCAGGCUCUGCUAGAUUAUUACACCAACAUCAUGCAUUCUAUCGGCCUCACUGUUCUGAUCAUCUGGCUCUUUGAGCUCUCAGUGCUAACGGGGGUCCGUUAUCUCCAAACGUCCCUGGAGAAUGUUCUGCGACAGGGGGACCCCGAGUGCGAGUCUGACGGGUGGCUCCUGGAGAACAGCUUUGUGGAAACCGCUCGCACUAAUUUCAACAUCAUCAAACACCUGGGCAAGUUCAAUCAGAUCAACACAGCCAGCAAUGGAGAUCCAAACAUUGAUAGACCAUCUACAGCACAUUAUGGUCCAGAUAAUGUGCCUCCAAAGCCUCUUCCCAUGAGCAGUUAA